UAUUGUAUAUAUAUUCCUGAUUUUAGUAGUAUGCAGGCCAAGUAUUAAGAUUCCUGCAUCUGUUAUGAUGCCAAUUGCACAUUUGGUGGAGCUGACUUAUAAGCUGUUCGCUCCUUUUGGAAUGAAGGUCCCACAGCUAACUCCUUCAAGAAUCAGACUCCUAUCUCGCAGCAGAACAUUUAGUUGUUCAAAAGCAAGUGAUCGAAUAGGAUACACACCUAUUGUCCCACUUCAGGAGGGCCUUAGGAGGACAAUUGAGUCAUAUCCACAUUUGAGAGCUGAACAUGGGCAAGGAAAGGAAGGUCCUUCUAAAUCAUCUGCAUCUCUUUGGAUGUUCUUCCUCAUGGUGGUUUUCUCUCUAUUAAUUCUAAGCAUCCUCGGCACCAUUUCACCAUGGAUUUUGUUCGGCAUAGGAAUCGCAGCUGCCUUUGUUGUGUUCUUUAUAUGUGACAAAAGGAAGAAGAAAUAGAUCAUUUCAUUCAAUCAUUUACCUGCAAAUUUUAGUCUAGUAUUUCUGGGAGAACAUUCAACUUUAAGGAAAACCAAUAAUGGGCCAUACUGCAAGGGCGCACGACGUCAUUCACUCAUUGGAGCUUCACUUACCUUGAGAGAAGGUUUCUUAGGCAUGUUUUUGAGUUCAUGGAUUUUGUUUCCGUCCUUGACUGCUAUAUAGCAAUGUGCUUGUUCCAAGCCAGUUUUUCUGUCUGAUCCAAUGAUGCCCCUGCGGUAUACAAUUCGCCCACCCCUUUGUUUCCUCUAAUCAUCUUUGUUUUGUUUUCUUGCCAA